AUGUCUUCCAGCUUGACGGUUGAACAGCUCCGUUCCAAACUGCAGCAUCUCGGUCUCGAUACGAAGGGCAAGAAAGCCGACCUGCGAUCCCGCCUCAGGAAGGCGAUACGAAACGGAAGCAAUAGUCCUCCAGCUCCCUCAGACGAAUCCAAAGUGCCUCAUACGACAUGGGAACCUGAAUUCGACACCUUCUUGGUGCUAGAUGUAGAGGCAACCUGCGAAGCAACACGCAAGUACCGCAACCUGCAGCACGGCUUUGAGACGGGCAACUUCCAGUACCCGAACGAGAUCAUCGAGUUUCCCGUCGUUCUUCUCAGAUGGAACCAAAAUUUGCAUCAGUUCGAUACAGCAGGCGUGUUUCAUUCCUACGUUCGACCGACGUUUCGUCCCCGGCUGACCAAGUUCUGUCGUGACUUGACAGGUGUCACGCAGGCGCAGGUCGAGGCGGCUCCUACUUGGAGCAGUGUAGUCGAGAACUUCUUUCAGUUCUUGCUCUCACACGAUCUCGUCGAAGAUACAUCCAAAGGAAAAAGCCACCUGCACAACUUCCGGUUACGGCGCGGCGUCGUUUGGGUCAAUCACGGCCCCGCCGAUUUGCGCGACUUUGUUAUCAAGCAGUGCUGGAUAUCCGGUCAUCCACGCGACAAGAACGACGGUGCUCCACCGAUCUUCCUGCGCGGUCCCUUGAUCGACAUCCGCAAAGGCAUCGCUAGCCUGUUUAAAUGGGAGCAAGAGCUCAAGAUCGAGCUGAGCCGCGCUGCUUCUUCGCGCUCUACGCCCUUCCCCGAGUUUGGAGGCGAGGACGGAUUUCAAGUCAUCUCUCCACCCCCCAAUCAAAACCCACCGGUCGUGAAGGAGGAUGCGCGCACCACCGGCCUCACACCGCACGAACAGAGUCUAGCCGGCUUGCUCGACCUCUUGAACAUCGGACCUUUCCAGGGGCGUCAGCAUUGCGGCAUGGACGAUACCCGGAAUAUUGCCCGGCUCAUUGUAGAGGUUGCUAGACGCAUAGCGCUCGCUGCGCGGGGCACGCAAGUGCUGCUCUCCAAAAGCUACGAAUCGGUCGAUGGGCAGAUGGAGGCGUCGGCAGCUGUGAUGCAGCUUGAUGCGCAACCAGGGCCGAUGAGGGCGAGACAGAUGGAGAAGUUGGUCUUGAAGCCGAAUGUAAGGCUGGAUGGCGUGCAGAAGAGAUUCUUCUGGAUGGGCAAGGCUGUGGGGGAGGUCAGGUGGCCCUUCCCGCCCGAGGUGGAGCAAGAGGGUGCUGAGUGA